AUGAAAUCAUUACCAAACAAUAAUAAUGAAGAUGACAAUGAUGAUGAUAAAUCAUUCAAGAAGGAUCAAUUAACUCGUCAAUUAAUUGCCUCUCUCCGUAUCAACAAGACUCGUCAUAAAACUUCAUCAACUAGGAGAAGAGCAAUUCCGAUCACUGAAUACCGUCCUAAAAUCAUGAGCAUUGCUGAAAAGAUUAAUAGAUUUCGACCAAUAUUUAGAGAUUUGAUGGCUGAUCUGACGGAUUCUUCCUCUGUUUUUGAACAUGUUCUGGAACUGAUGGUCAUUAUUCGUAAAUUAGUUUCAUUCGAAAAUAAUCCACCUCUUGAUGAAGUUGUAAAGGGUGGAUUGGUUCCAUUCUCAUUUCAAAUACUCUAUUUUGGAAUAGUGAGAGAGUAUUUGAGAGAAUAUAAGAAUAGACAAGAUCCUUUAAAGAUUGUGGCAUUGUGGCGUAAUUUGGUAUUUGAAUCAUCUUGGAUUUUAACAAAUAUAGCAUCUGGAUCAUAUGAACACACGAUUUCUGUGAUAUCGUAUAAGGAUGAAGAAAUUACCUCACUCAAUGCAGUUCAGACUCUUUUAAUGUUACUGCAUUGUGAACCUCCAGAAAUUAAGCAACAAGCAUUGUGGAAUUUGGCCAAUAUUACAGGAGAUAAUACAGAAUCGAGAGAUUUAGUAUUGCAUACCUUGGUGCCAAUUACAAUGCAAGGAGCCAAGAAUUAUUUUCCUUGUUUAAAAGAGGAUUGUGAUAAUUUGGACAAAGUUGGAGAAAGUGAAAAGAUUUCCUCUCUCAAGCUAAUUUAUAAUGUCUAUCAAUCAGUCAAGAAUAAUGGUAUCAUUUCAAUGAUUAGAAUUAUUUCUUGGACUUUUUCUAACUUUUUCAGAGCUAAACCAAUUAAUAUGGAUGAGGAUUCUCUAGAAAUGAUUACUGAUGUAAUGAAGGAAUUGGCUCUCACCUCUGAAGAUGUCGAUGUUUUAUCAGACACCUUGUGGGGAAUAACAUAUGGAACCGAGUCAAACAUUCCAAAAAUAUUUGAAAGCUUUUUGGAUGAUAAAUUAAUAUGCAAACUCAUUGAUAAUGUAAUUAACGAAAAGGAUGUACGAAAUAUAGAAUUGCCAUCUCUGAGAAUCUUGGGAAAUUUCACAAGAAUGGAAUAUGAUGCAGUUACACAACAAGUGAUAGACCAACCCGAGUUUUUCAAAUGUCUCAGUAGGAGCAUGCAAUCAGACAAGUUUUCCAUGAAAAAGGAAGCUCUCUACGUCAUGAGCAAUAUUGCAGCAGGAACACCAGCUCAAUCAGCCAGAUUAGUCGAUAUUGACAUUGCCUCAAUACUUUUACUAGUUUACAGUGCUGAUUUUCAUAAUAGGAAUGGAUAUUCUCUAAAGAAGGAAGCAACAUGGGUCCUAUCUAACAUGUUAUCAACAAAAGACCCAAAAAGCUAUGAACAUAUCAUUCAGAGACAGGAAUUAAUCAAACAUCUCUUCCUCUUCACACAAGAUGUUCAUCUGGAACAGGAAAUAGUAGAUGCAGCUCUACAACCAAUCUUUGAAAAUAUUGCUAAAAUUAUGCCUUUUGAAGAGUAUGUCCAAUUCUAUGAACGAUAUUCGAAAGAAUACUGUCACAUAUUAGUGCAAUAUCCAAAGUUAAUGAUUUCACCUCAAGAAUUACAACGAUCCAAUACUACCACUACUAGCAGUACAUCUAUACAAUUUUACAAUGCAACUAAUCCACAACCUGAAUAA